UCUCAUUAAAAGAAGGGUUUAGUUAUCUUUUAGAGUUCUUGAAAAACUGGUUUUCCAGAAAACGGGGUCUUCAAGAGUCAUGGGCACAAACCCUUUUAGGCUUUUCCUAGUCUCACUGAGUCCUACUUAUAGCCAAAAUAUGGAGUCAAACGGCGUCCGACAGUUGGAUAGGUUCCCUCGUCAGUAUGAUGGAAAUCUAUAAGGUCUAGUGAUCUCUAGUCUACUGCUUCUUGAAGUAAUGUCGGUUUGAGGGCAAAUUUUGAAUAAUAAUAGAGUUUAGAAGUGUCUACGAGAUGAUAUAAUUUUGCUUCGAUCCACCGUUGAACUAAGUACUUAAAGAUUAUCCACGCCAUUUUUCCUGUAUUGACCAUAGUUAUCCCAACGGCAUAAAUUGACUGAUCAUGACUAAUUAUGGUCGAUCGAAAGAUGCUCUCUCGAAAUUCAUCAAUGCUACGUAAUGCUAAUGAAUUUUAAGAAAUGUUUGGCAUCAGUCGAUAGCCACGAUUCCCCGCCAUCUACCUGUAAAAUAUCGCAUUUUCUCGAUGAAAAUUGAGCAAACUAUACUAAACUAUUUCGAAUUCAGUUUGAAUUUUGUUUCUUUUCUCUUUCAUAAUUUCGUAUAACUUAAUUAGCAUAAUCUUCAUCGUCGAAAAACAAUUGCAAUUAUAAAACAAAAGGUGAACGUAACAAAUAAACUUGAUUAUGAUCCGAGUUAGAGAAAAGGAACAUUUCGAUUGUAGUUUUAUGUACCGGAGCCGGCAACCCAUUUAUUCUAGAAGAUAUAUCGAACUCUUUGAUUAUAGAAAUCCAUAAGUGUACAUUUCGAAUUCCUUUGUUAUUUUAGAAUUGUCAUUAAAAGAAAAAUGACUGUUAGUGUUGAUCCAAGAGAUAUUAAACUUCCAGCAUAUAUUGCUGUUGUUCUCAGUCUUAUUGCAAUUAUUCUUGCAUGUAUUGGUAUUGGUACACCUUCAUGGCAAAUUGUCUACAGUAAUCCGCCUAAUAAUACAUCACCAUCAAUAACUACAAGUUUCUACUAUAUGUGUUAUGCAUUUAAUUCAUCAUGUGUAAGUAAUCCAUCAACUGAAUCAUUUAUUCAUUUAAGACAAGCAGCUGGUUUAGCUAUUGUUGGUAUUCUAUUUCUUAUGUUUGGUACAGUUGCAACAUAUUCAAUUGCAAUACGCUCAUUCGAUGAUUCAGCAAAUAUUAAAGAUUAUCGUCAUCGUGAUUUACAAAUUGUUUUAGGACCAUUAUGUUUGUUUAUUGGAACAAUAACAAUGUUAGCGGCAUUAUCUGAAGGUACACGAACAAUUAUUUAUAAUGGUUACUCAGCAAAUUUAUAUCAAACAGCUUAUAUUAUUUCAAUAUUUGCAUUGCUCGGGAGUGCAUAUGCAUCAGGUAGACGUUCAUUAAUUCAUCGUUCUCUGGAAGAACCAUUACUCAAAUAA